UCAAAAAUCGAAGUCGGUUCAAGUUUUGUGUUUCUAAAUUUUGUAACUGAACAUUACAAUAUUUUGAAGGGUUUAAUAAUUGACUUGCAAGCCGAAAAGGGAAAGACCGAAUAUGCAGAAAAAUUUGCAAGAUAUUGUUCCCGAAGUUUUCGAAUUCAAGGAAGAGAUCGCUCAAGUACAAAUCGAUAUGAACUUGAUUUGGUUGGCCGAAAUUGAGGAAUAUGUUUUUGGGAGCGACAGUGAGUUCGAGGAACUCACUGAUAUUUCUAGCGAGGAGAACGACCAGCCAGUAGUCGAGUAUAUAUAAUAGUGUUAUAAGGUGUGAUCCUGACGGAGUGAGCCGAUGACAUAUCCAUGGGCAAACAGGACCCACAAGGCACAAGGUUUUCGACAUUUUCCGGCUAUCAUUGUCAACCAAUAAAGUUCUCGAAGCAUA